AUGGAAACAGACCGAGUUGUUCUCAGUCAUCUAGAAAUUCAGAAUUUUAAAUCGUAUAAAGAUUUAGUUAAAAUUGUAUUAGAUGAAAAAUAUUCGGCGUUAGUAGGUUCAAAUGGAACAGGGAAAUCGAACUUUUUGGACGCUAUUUGCUUUGUAAUGGGGCAAAAUGUUACUCAAUUACGUGGAAAUAAUUUAAAAGAUUUGAUAUAUGGAGCUAUAUGGAAUGAGGAGAUACCUUCCGG